AUGUUCUACUUUGUGGAGACAGUUUUCCUUGACCUACUUCUUCCUGAAUUCGUGCUGGUAUUAUUGAACAGAUGGCUUUGGAACCCUAAUUCUUUUAUUUAUCUGAACCACAGAUGGCAUGCUGUUGCUUCAUGGACUUGGGAUGCCCAGGAUGAAACGUGUGGAAUUUGUAGGAUGGCCUUUGAUGGCUGUUGUCCUGACUGUAAACUCCCUGGGGAUGAUUGUCCACUGAUAUGGGGUGCAUGCAAUCAUGCUUUCCAUCUUCAUUGCAUCUUGAAGUGGGUGAACUCGCAGACUUCUCAAGCACAUUGCCCCAUGUGUCGGAGAGAAUGGCAAUUUAAAGAAUGAUGAGCCAGAACUCACGAAUCCUCACGUCUUCAUUGCAUCUGGAAAUGGGUGAAUCCACAGACUUUGCAAUUACGUUGCCCCAUGAGUUAGGAAGAAUAGCAAUUUUAAAGGAUUACAAGCCAAAGUGUAUGAAAUCUUCCAACUCUGUCUCUUUAUAUGCGCUCGAGUGUUUUUUAAUGCACAGACAGGUAUAUGCCGUUGAUUUGUGAUGAAUGAUGUCACUUUGGAGAAAUGUUCAUAUGAAUGGCCAACAUUAGUUGGUGUUUGGCCCUACCCACUAAGUAAUGGCCUUGUUGAAUUGCAUGGCUGAUUUAUAAGUGGGGUACUUAGUCCUUAAGUACUGCCUAAA